CUCAGAAAAUUUAGACCAUUCUCUCUCUCUCUCUCUUACCCAUCGUCUCCCAUUCCUCAGCCCAAAAACUUCACAAUCCCCCAAAAAAAAACUCAUAGAAAUUAUUAAUUUUCAAUCUUCAUCUGUGUUCCCAAAAUCGAAACCCUAUAAUUCUUCGUUUACAGAGCAGAAGCUAUGUCGGGUAGUGUUGGAAUCUACUGGGGACGGAAGGAGGUCUACGAUUUCAAAGGCAUCGUUGUUUUGUUUGCUUGGGUUUCGAUUCACGAGAAGCACUUGAAGAAUUACGUCGAUUUGUACGCUUCUCUCGGUUGGAAUUCACUCGUUUGCCAUUCCCAUUUUCUCAAUGCAUUCUGUCCUGAGAAGGCUAUGGCAUCAGCAUUUGUUGUUCUCAAUGAGCUUGUUGAGGAGCUAAGGGUUAGGCCAUGCCCUAUACUUUUUGUGGCUUUUUCUGGUGGUACAAAAGCUAGUAUGUACAAGGUUUUUCAGAUUAUUGAGGGAACAUGUGAAGGUCGUAUGUAUCCGGGUGAAUACCAAUUGGUCAGGAAUUGUAUAUCUGGAAACAUCUAUGAUUCUGGUCCAGUUGAUUUUACAAGUGAUUGGGGAAGCCGAUAUGCACUGCACCCCAUUAUUCAAAAAGUGCCUGGAUCCUCAAAACUUGUUUCUUGGGUAGCUAAAGGCAUUGCUUCUGGUCUAGAUGCUUUAUAUCUUACAACAUUUGAAUCCCAACGCACUGAGUAUUGGCAGGCUCUAUACUCAUCCGUGAAUUUGGGUGCACCUUUUCUCAUUUUCAGCUCUGAAGAAGAUGAUCUAGCUCCCUAUCAUGUUAUCUGCGAUUUCACUCAGCAUUUACGAGAACUUGGGGGAGAUGUCAAGGUUGUGAAAUUGAAUGGCUCCCCUCAUAUAGGUCAUUAUAAGCAUUAUCCAAUCCAAUAUAAAGCUGCUGUUACUUCUUUGCUUGAGAAGGCAGCCUUGGUCUUUGCACAAAGAAUGCAACAACUUGAAGAAAGAACUGGUAUGGAAGGUAAGCAUGACGAGAUAUCAGAGAUAAUCUGCAAUCUCCAGAAAGCAGCUGUUAACUCGAACCAGAGCCUCAGAAGAGUUGCACUUGGACCCAGUGACCACUUCUACUUGCCAAGUUCGGCAGAGUAUCAAAAUAGUAGGGACCCUGGGCCACAAGAUGAGUGUAAAGAAAGAUCAGUUCACCUGCCUAGCCCCCCAAGCAUCAAUGCACAUAGUGUACUUGGAGAGCUCCUAUUUGAUGCUUGUGUUCCUAGGAAUGUUGAGGGUUGGGACAUUAAAUUCUGUGGCUCUUUGAAUGGACAGCCUGUUGCUUCUGCUCGUAGGCAUUCACCACUCCAUGGCAUUAAGUGUUUCCGUCGCUCAAGAUUAUAGUAUCUGAUGGUUAAGUCUUUGGGGAAGCUAUUGUUUAUGGUUGCAUAAAUUGCUCAAGUUCCUAAGAGAUUGUCCGCAAGUAUAACGCCUGUACAAUGUUUAAAAUAAGUAACAUGGGCAUGGCGAUGUGGUGAAGGUAAGGCCCAAGGCAUCCCCUAUACUUCCGAUGGGAUAUUUAGUAUAUUUGCCAUUGCUUGUGCUUACUGUCAAUACUCUGGCAUGAAGUGUACAAAGAGAAUGAGGGGUACCGACUGUAUGUAUAUAGAAAGGCAUAUAUGUUCCUAGAAGAGUUUAACUGUCUCUAUGAUGACAAAACUAUGGUUGAUAAAUUGAUAAUGGAUGGCGAUCUACAUAGCGUAGAUGCUAUGAAAAAAUUGGCUGACCAAUCAAUGAUAGCAUGUCAACUGAGAUUGGCUCGGUUGAUAAGCCACUAUUUAUGAUUGGGAGGUCAUGGGUACACCAGAUGAAGGAAAAUUAUGUAAAUAAUUAAAAAAAAAACCAGUGAUAGCAACAUAUACGCAUCAUAUAAUCUGGUUCGAGAUUGCAGUCUGCCUAAGGAACAGUUCAAUUAUCUUGUGAGAUGAGAACUCCAACUACGCAUGCAUGAGGCUGGAGAUCUAUAUACCUUCUAAGUAAGUAGGGAAAAUGGGUAAGUCUUUCGGUAGUGAAUAUUGAAAUUAUCUGUAAUGGAUGGGUGCUUGGACUACUUGUGCAUGAGGCUGUAAAUAUGUAACUUGUAAAUUAGGUAGAGAAAUGGGUAAGUUUUUUAUUUUUCUUUCUCCCUAACUGUAUCUUCUUCUUCUUCUUCUUCUUCCUUUUCUUCUUUUCAUUUUUAUUUUUCUAGUUUGUAAUGUUGGUAUACGGAUAAACUAUUGUUUCUAAUCUGUAUUUUGAUAAUUUUGUUUCAAUGAAAUUUUGGAUGGAAAGUUUCCUCACAA